GUUGUGGACAAAGAACUGGAUUUAGAGCAACACAUCCGCGAAUUGGGACACGACUUGAGUGCGCGACCGGAAGUGCGACUGACGGCCAACACGUGUUCCGGAAGUCUCUAUAAAUUGUGCCAAAAUUCGGACAACAAGUGGCGGAAGCGCUUCUUCGUGUUCGACCGCGAGAACCAAUUGUUGGCGUAUUUCGCGUCCAAAAGUCAUUUCAAACGCAACCGAAAGCCAAACGGUGGCGUGGCGUUCGCCGAAAUCCGCGACGUUUUCGUGGAUCACACGCGCAUUAAAGCGCACGAAGAGAGGCCGCGCUUCGUGUUCUCUGUGGCCACACUUUCGCGCACUUACGUGUUGUCCACUUUCGCGGCCGAAGUGAUGCGCAUUUGGGUGGACGCGGUGUGCACGGGAGCGCUCGCGGAGUCGCGAUUUGAAUGAUUUUUAUUCAAAACUAAUUAAACUUUUAUAAAAGCGA